AUGGGGCGGCGGCGGCGGGGGGCGCUGCCGGAGCCGGCGGGCGGCGGCGGCUGCUGCUGCUGCCUGGCGGCGGCGCUGCCGCUGCUGCUACUGCUUCUGCCCGCCGGGUGCUCGGUGCGGGCGCAGAACGACACGGAGCCCAUCGUGCUGGAGGGGAAGUGCCUGGUGGUGUGCGACUCCAGCCCCUCGGCCGACGGCGCCAUCACCUCCUCCCUGGGGAUCUCGGUGCGCUCGGGCAGCGCCAAGGUGGCCUUCUCGGCCACCCGCAGCACCAACCACGAGCCCUCCGAGAUGAGCAACCGCACCAUGACCAUCUACUUCGACCAGGUAUUAGUUAAUAUUGGCAACCAUUUUGACCUUACUUCCAGUAUAUUUGUAGCACCAAGAAAAGGGAUUUAUAGUUUCAGUUUCCACGUGGUCAAGGUCUAUAACAGACAAACUAUCCAGGUAAGUUUAAUGCAAAACGGCUACCCAGUGAUUUCAGCUUUUGCAGGGGAUCAGGACGUCACCAGAGAAGCAGCCAGCAACGGGGUCUUGCUCCACAUGGAAAGAGAAGACAAAGUGCAUCUCAAACUGGAAAGGGGCAACCUCAUGGGAGGGUGGAAAUACUCAACCUUCUCCGGCUUCUUAGUCUUUCCGCUAUAAAAGGAGGCCAAACAGGAGGCAGAUCCGUGAGCCGGAGCGAGGGUUCGGUCCUUCCUGGCAGCCUGAACUGGGCAGCAGUUGACAAUGUUUCCUGCCACCCCACCAGACCCUCCACGGUAGAAGACAGCAGAUCCUCUUCUCCACUCCAACCUUUGCUCUGAGCAUUGACAAUUCCUCGGGAGCCUGAGCCUCUAAUUAGUUUUAGCCGACAGUGAUCUUUAGGAGAGAUGAAAUUAUCGACCUGAGCAGUUUGUACCUGUGACUCUAAAGUCAAUUUGGGAUUUUGUUGUUUGGGAUCAUUGACUUUCUGGUUUUAAUUUUUAUUCUCCCUCUCCCCCUCCUCCUUCUCUCUCUUAUUUGUUUAUUGUCUCCCCCUCCCACCUUUUGUCUUUUUCUUUCUCCACCCAUUGAGACGAACAACUGGGACCAACACAACCUCUUUGGCAAAAGGCUCGCUGCAGGAGCCAGAAGAAUGAAGUCUUCUUCUUUC